UCAAAAAGACGCUAUUUAUUUAUCAACACAGCACUAUGGAUUCUCAGCAAGAAACUGGAUAUGCAAAUUCUACAAUAUCAGGUAGCAAUACAGACAGAAAUAGCUACGAGCUAGUACCCGAUAAUAAUUACCUCAGCCUAAUUAAAAAAUAUCGUACACAAAAUGAGGAUAAUGUGUAUGAUGUUAUUCGCAAAGAGGAAGCAACUUUACAAAAUAACGAAAGGGCAAUUAAAAGGAAACCAACAUGGAAAUUAUUAGCUAUACUUUUUUGCACAAUUUCUGUUAUUUUAAGUGUUGUAGUUAUAUACCUUGUCACCAACAUAUUGUAUAUUAGAAGGUACUCGUGUUUAUAUAACGAUAAAUAUCAAGCAGAACACGAUACUGAUUUUUCUUGUAAGUGCAAAAACGGAAAUUCCGGACGAUGUUGUGAAAUAACUCCAUGUGACAGGGUUAUUUGCGAAAGCGGAAAAUCCUGUCUUUAUUCGGGGAAUAUAACAUUAUGUGUUGGUGAUUUAACUCAGGCGUCAGGCCUCGUUGACUGUAAAUCGAUCUGUGACAGUUCACCUUGUGGAAAUAAUGGUCAAUGUAUAGAAGUGGUCGGAGGGUACAAGUGUGUUUGUUUUUCUGGAUAUACCGGUGUUCUUUGCUCAAAUUUAAUAAAUCCUUGCAGUCGUUUACCGUGCAGAAACAAUGGAACCUGUACUGAGAAUGGUUACGAAUACAAGUGCACGUGUACAAAAGGGUUUUCUGGAUCUGACUGUGACGAAACUCCAUGUUACAAUUCCCCUUGUAAAAAUGGUGGAUUAUGUGAGAAUACUGAUAACGGACGUAAUUGCAUUUGUAAAAAUGGCUAUAGUGGAGAAGAUUGUGAAAUAACUCCCUGUAGUAAUGGUCCCUGUGAAAAUGGAGGAUCGUGUUCAAUUUGGGGAAAUGUCUAUCAUUGCACAUGCCCACUUGGUACAUUCGGACUGAAAUGUGAAAAUAUGUCAUGUGCAUUUCCAGAGUAUAGACAAAAGGUUCUUUUACAAAGGACCUGCAACAUCUUACCGUGUCCAAAACACUGGAUGUUCAACAUCGCUACGUUUUCGUGUUAUUGGAUAAGUACCUACAAAGCUAACUGGAGAACGGCAUAUUUAACAUGCCAGCGGAUGCAACCACACGCGUCCUCACUUGUUUAUAUUCAAUCUCACAACGAAAUUAAUUGGCUCAAACAGUUUAUAAACGAAGACAUAUGGGUAGGUGGACGUGUGUUUAACAAUCAGUAUCGGUGGCAGAGUUCCGAGUACAAUUACACUAUUAACAAUCUGUCUGAUUUAUGGGCCAGGAAUGAACCAAACGUAUUUACAAAUGAAUACUGCGUACAACUUUGGAAAACAGCUGAAGGUUUACUUCUUGACGAUACACCAUGUGGUUAUGAAAAACACUUUAUUUGCAAAACUAAUCAACUUUAAAUAAUCUAGAACAAUUAAGCAGUCAAUACAUUAUUGUUCAAGCCAAAGGAUAAACAGAAUUUAGAUGUUUUUCAUUCAUGCAUUUUUUCUUCUUUUUUUUUCUUUUUUUACCAUACCAUUGUCAGUUUGUUUUCGACUUAUGAAUUUGGUUAUUCCUUUGAUAUCUUUUACCUCUCUUUUGUCUCUUUUGUGAUCAAUUAUAGUUUUUAAUCGACCUAAACUGUCCAUUUUCAUGUGUUAGUCAAACUAUUCGUCUCAUAGUCCUAUAUAGGUGUGUCUCGGGAGUAGUCCUAUGUUUCAAGGCUGAUGCGAUAGACGCGAUCUUCAUAGUAACCUAUUUUUAAACAUCUUUUAUAUAGCGAUAACAAGUUGUACAAAAGUAGCGGUAUUGUGUUUGUCUGAUACAAAUGAGGCAAUACGUCUUAAUGACGUCUAAAUUAUAAAGAAACUCAAGGUUUAAACUCCCACAGGCAAAGUCGACCUUAGAUGGAUUUGGCUAUUUUUAGGUCCUUUUUGGUCAUAUAGCUCUUCAACUGUUUCGGUUAUUAUACAUCAUUGGCUUUCAAAUAUUCGACUUUGAAAAUUCAUUCAAUAAGCCAGCUUGUAUUUUUUUUUUUGCAAAAAUCGUAAACAAAAUUAAACUUAUUCUGAUAGUU